CUUUGAGAGCGUUGCUCUUGAAGAAGAGGAUCUGAACGGCAAGCUGAUGAACGAAGACAUACGUAUCCAUAGCUGGCCUUGUUCUUACUACUUGGACACCAGCAAACAAUGGGUCUCUGGCAGACUCUCACUGACUCCUGUUGCCAUCAAAUUUACAGCUGACAAGACUGGGGAGCUUUUGGUCAACUUCCACCUUUCUAGUGUCAGUGAAAUCAAGAAGGAAUCUUCAAAUUUAAUCUUCAGCUCCCUUACCAUCUUGGAGAGGAACACCAAGCAUUGGUUCAGUUCUCUGCAACCCAACCGAAAUGUGGUGUUCAACAUCCUCGAGCACUUCUGGAGGGAGCAGUUGCUGUCAAGCCAAGGUGCAGGGGCAGAAGCAGCAGCUUUGGAGUCAACAAAGGGAAAAGAACUGACCGGUUUAUUGACUGGAUCGCAGAAACGACUGGAGGACACGGCCAAAGUGCUGCAUUACCAGGGCGAGCAGUUUGAUAACAUCAUGAGAGGACUCAACAAGAUCGAAGGGGAUAUGGAUGUAGCAGACAGGUUGUUGACUGAGCUCGAAUCUCCUUCUUGGUGGCCGUUUAGCAGCAAGCUCUGGAAAGCGCCGUUGGAAAGCAAGCCAAAGGAAACCGCCACAGUUUCCGAUUCGAAGAACCAGGAAGGAAUCAUAAUUAGAAUUCCAGUUAUUAUCACCCACAGAACAGACUCAAAUGUCAAGCCAGGAAAACUCACGCUCUUUGCUUCUGGCCUGGAAAUCAGUGACUGCAAUUCUCAGGUCAUUCACCGGUUUGAAUCCAAGGAGGUAGAUGAUAUCAGAGUUCACACGCCCUAUGAAAUCAGUGUCCGUCAGAGAUUUAUUGGGAAGCCCGACACCUCGUACCGGCUCUUGUCAGCAAAGAUGCCAGAAGCAAUCCCCAUCUUGGAGAUGCAGUUUAGCAAGAAGAUACAGUUUUUAGAAGAUGCCCUAGGAUUUGUGGGUGCCAGGAAGUCUCCUCAAGUAGAUUUGGGGACCUCCAUUUGGCAAGCAGCCACAGGACUCCUGGGAGGAGUGGUGCAGCCCAGCUCUCCGGUGGGAGGCAGAGAAGGGAUGGACAACGACCAGGUUCAGCUGCAGAAGCAAGAGAAGGUCUCUCAGGAAGAAGCAGAAGAGCUUAAACAGAUACUCAAGAAGCUGAAGGGCCUUGCCUUGGAGACGGAAGCUGAGCUGGAGAGACAGGACGAAGCCCUCGAUUCCAUCGCUACCUCCGUGGACCGCGCGACGCUGACUAUCGACAAGCAGAACCGCAGGAUAAAGAAGCUCACGUAG